AUGCCGAAGUUGCGAAAACCGAAGGCCACCGUCGCGCCGGCGCCGCGCCGCCCGCCACCCUGCAUGGAGUACCGCGCGGGGUCCGACGAGGCAUGGUACGGCGCGCGCGUGGCGGUGCAGGACGGCUAUCUGCGCGUCAUGUUCGAGGAUUUCCUUGAGGACGCGGACGAGUGGUACGAUCCGGACGCGCCCGAGCUCGCCUCCCCGCGCGCCGCCGUGGACGCGCUGCGCGCGAGGUUCCGCCGGGCGUGCCCCGCCCUCGACGACGCCCGCUGUGGCGAUCUCCGCCCGGGCGACCAGCUCUGCCUCACCUGCGGCAUGCACGGCGGGGAGAUCAAAUACUACGACGCCGUCCUCGAGGCCGUACGUCCUCCGCGCCGCGCCCUACUCAGUAGAGAAGGCACCGUGGACGGCAAGGAGCGGUGCGCGUGCCGUUUCACGGUGCGAUGGACGUCGAGGUGGGCGGCGAGGUGGUCUGCUGCGUGCAGGAGUCACUGA